AUGGAGAAGAUCUGGCACCACACCUUCUACAACGAACUGCGUGUCGCCCCUGAGGAGCACCCGGUUCUCUUGACCGAGGCUCCCAUCAACCCCAAGUCUAACCGAGAGAAGAUGACUCAGAUCGUCUUCGAGACUUUCAAUGCUCCUGCCUUCUACGUCUCCAUCCAGGCCGUUUUGUCUCUGUACGCCUCUGGUCGUACCACUGGUAUCGUUCUGGACUCCGGUGACGGUGUCACUCACGUUGUCCCCAUCUACGAGGGUUUCGCCCUUCCCCACGCCAUCUCUCGUGUUGAUAUGGCUGGUCGUGACUUGACCGACUACCUCAUGAAGAUUCUCGCUGAGCGCGGUUACUCUUUCUCCACCACUGCCGAGCGUGAAAUUGUCCGUGACAUCAAGGAGAAGCUUUGCUACGUCGCUCUCGACUUCGAGCAGGAAAUCCAGACCGCUUCCCAGAGCUCCAGCUUGGAGAAGUCCUACGAAUUGCCCGACGGUCAAGUCAUCACCAUUGGUAACGAGCGAUUCCGUGCUCCCGAAGCUCUCUUCCAGCCCAGCGUUAUCGGCCUCGAAAGUGGCGGUAUCCACGUCACCACCUACAACUCUAUCAUCAAGUGCGAUGUCGACGUUCGUAAGGAUCUGUACGGAAACAUUGUCAUGUCUGGUGGUACUACCAUGUACCCAGGUAUCUCCGACCGUAUGCAGAAGGAAAUCACUGCCCUUGCUCCAUCCUCCAUGAAGAUCAAGAUCAUCGCUCCUCCCGAGCGUAAAUACUCUGUCUGGAUCGGUGGUUCCAUUCUUGCCUCCCUGUCGACCUUCCAACAGAUGUGGAUCUCCAAGCAGGAGUACGACGAGAGCGGUCCUUCCAUCGUCCACCGCAAGUGCUUCUAA